AUGGCAAGAAUCAUAAUGACAUUCUCUACUCCUCUGUUUUUCUUCCUCCUCUCUAUCCUCUUUCACCAAACCAUGUCUCAACCUGAACACAUGUCUACUUUCUGCAAUCCUGUCGAAAACUUUACACAAACCAGUUCAUACGAAGCAAACCGCGACAUUUUACUCUCCUCUCUCCGCACCAGGUCCUUACUAGGAACCUAUUCUAACGUCACAGUCGGUCGUAGUCCCAACACAGUCCAUGGCAUGUUCCUCUGCACAGGCGACACCACCGUAGCAACUUGCUCAGACUGCGUCCAGACCGCAACGACCGAGAUCGCUACAAACUGUAGUCUUAACAAAGGAGCGUAUAUAUACUACGAAGAGUGUAUGGUUCGAUACUCCAGUGUUUCCUUCUUCUCUGUUCUUGAGGUCAGACCAAACAUCGUUCUUUACUCUCUUCGCUCUGCUCCAGACUCGAAUACGUUCAACGAAACACUAGCUGAUAAAUUCAACGAGCUCAUUCUCAACGUAUCUUCGUCCUCUUUGGUUCCAUAUUUCGUGGACGAUCAAGAACGUGUGACUCAAUCAGAGGGUAUGUAA